UCAAAGUUGAACGCUUACCAUGCACGAUGUGAAGAACGAAAGCAUGCACACCGAUGUGGCCAAGUUUAUUCAAUUCGUUAAAACGUAAUGUUAUGUAAUUGUUGUGUUAGUCUUCACGUCGGAAUAUGUCUUCAAAGAAGAAGCAUGGAUCAAAUCAUCAAUUGACCCAUUUGAUAUACCGGCAUUUGAAGGAGAACGGCUUCCAAAAAGCUGCAGAAGAACUCAAAGAGCAUGUGAAGAAGGGCAGAGAACCAGAAGCUUUGUCAACUUCACUACUGGACAUCUACAAUAAAUGGUUUGGAGAUGCUUCCAAGAGCACAAAGACGGGAACAGAACCAGAUUCUUCUGAGUUAAAAAAGGACCGUCAAGCAGACCCUGAAAGCAGCACAGAGAUCUCGAGUUCAGAAGAGACAACACCUGUUAAAGCCUCCCAGACCCCAAAGCCUCAGAGCCCAGCUAAGGCCAGCCCAGCUAAGGCCAAGACUGCAGUGCAGAGAACUCUUGGAGGGAAGGGGAUAGUAGUCGAGGAGAGCACUGGGACAGACAGCUCAGAGGACUCUGAGAGUGAAGAGACACCGCCACAGAAAAGCCCUGCUGCGCCCAAAGCCAAUCAUGUUCCAGCUGCAAAGGUCAAGGCCAGGUCAGAGGUCACACCAUCGACCCCAACCAAGGCCAAGCUAACAACCACUUCCACGCCUAAGUCUGGGGCCUCCAUCUAUACCACUGAUACGUCUUCAGACAGUGAAGAGGAAACAACAGUGAAAACACCCUUGACGCCAACGGCAACACCAGUGACACCAACCAGUAAACCAACAUCAACAGCCAAGACGAAAGCUACUCCAGCUAAAGCAGUGGUUGUUGCUACUCCAAGCAAGGCCAAGGCAACAACUACUGCCACACCUAAAUCUACAGCACCCGAGUCAUCCAGUUGCAGUAGUGAAUCGUCAGAUAGCGAUGAGGAGAGUCCAGCAGUGAAAACACCCACAACACCAAAAGGAACACCUGCAAAACCAGUAACACCAAUUAGUAAAACAACAUCAACGGCCAAGCCAACAACCAAAUCGAAGACUACAGCGCCAGAGUCUUCCAGUGACAGCAGUGAUUUAUCAUCAGACAGCGAAGAGGAGAGUCCAGCAACGACAACAGCUGCCACUCUGAAAACUACAUCAGUGACGCAACAGAAAGCAACAUCAACAGCCAAGACGAAAGCCCCUCCGGCUACCCCGGUUAAACCAGUGAUUGCUGCCACUCCAAGCAAGACCCCAGCUAGUAAGGAGUCCAGUGACAGCAGUGAUUUAUCAGACAGCGAUGAGGAGAGUCCAGCAGUGAAAACACCCACAACACCAAAAGGAACACCUGCAAAACCAGUAACACCAAUUAGUAAAACAACAUCAACGGCCAAGCCAACAACCAAAUCGAAGACUACAGCGCCAGAGUCUUCCAGUGACAGCAGUGAUUUAUCAUCAGACAGCGAAGAGGAAAGUCCAGCAACGAAAACAACCACAACACAGGCGAAACCCACUAAACCUGCUAGCCCAGCUAAAGCAGCGACUGUUGCCCCUCCAAGCAAGGCCAAGGCAACAGCCACUGUCACAGCCAAGACUACAACAGCAGAGUCAUCUAGUGACAGCAGUGACUCGUCAGACAGCGAAGAGGAGAGUCCAGCAGUGAAAACACCCACAACACCAAAAGGAACACCUGCAAAACCAGUAACACCAAUUAGUAAAACAACAUCAACGGCCAAGCCAACAACCAAAUCGAAGACUACAGCGCCAGAGUCUUCCAGUGACGGCUGUGAUUCAUCAUCAGACAAUGAAGAGGAAGGUCCAACAGUGAAAACACAGACGGCGCCAGUGAAGCAACAGACAGCAACAUCAACAGCCAAGAUGAAAGCCACCCCAGUUAAACCAGUGGUUGCUGCUACCCAAAACAAGACCCCAGUUAGGAAAAAGUCCAGUGACAGCAGUGAUUCAUCAUCAGACAGCGAAGAGGAGAGUCCAGCAACGACAACAGCUGCCACUCUGAAAACUACAUCAGUGAUGCAACAGAAAGCAACAUCAACAGCCAAGACGAAAGCCCAUCCGGCUACCCCGGUUAAACCAGUGAUUGCUGCCACUCCAAGCAAGACCCCAGCUAGUAAGGAGUCCAGUGACAGCAGUGAUUUAUCAGACAGCGAAGAGGAAAGUCCAGCAACGAAAACAACCACAACACAGGCGAAACCCACUAAACCUGCUAGCCCAGCUAAAGCAGCGACUGUUGCCCCUCCAAGCAAGGCCAAGGCAACAGCCACUGUCACAGCCAAGACUACAACAACAGAGUCAUCUAGUGACAGCAGUGACUCGUCAGACAGCGAAGAGGAGAGUCCAGCAGUGACAACAGCUGCCACACCAAAAGCUACACCAGUGAAGCAAUCAAAACCAACAUCAACAGCCAGGACGAAAGCCCCUCCGGCUACCCCAGUUAAACCAGUGGUUGCUGCUACUCCAAGCAAGACCCCAGCUAGUAAGAAGUCCAGUGAAAGCAUUGAUGCGUCAUCAGACAGUGAAGAAGAGGGACCAGCAGCAAAAAAAGCCGCGACAGCAGCCCCUCCUGCUAACCCAGCUAAAGCAUCGACUGUUGCCCCUCCAAGCAAGGCCAAGGCAACAGCCACUGUCACAGCCAAGACUACAACAGCAGAGUCAUCUAGUGACAGCAGUGACUCGUCAGACAGCGAAGAGGAGAGUCCAGUAACGACAACAGCUGCAACCCCGAAAGCUACACCAUUGAAGCAACAGAAAGCAACAUCAACAGCCAAGUCAAAAGCCCCUCCGGCUACCCCGGUUAAACCAGUGAUUGCUGCCACUCCAAGCAAGACCCCAGCUAGUAAGGAGUCCAGUGACAGUAGUGAUUCAUUAUCAGACAGCGAGGAGGAAGGUCCAGCAAUGACAACAACCUCAAAACCAAAAGCAACACCAGUGACACCAGCGAAACAAGCAAAACUGAAAGUCACUCCUGCUACUCCAGCUAAGCCAGUUGUUGCUGCUACACCAAGCAAGGCCCAGGCAACACCCACUGUCACACCUACAAGGACAGCACCAGAGUCGUCCAGUGACAGCAGUGACUCACCAUCAGACAUCCCAGAUGAAGCCCCAGCGAAGCAGGCUGAGGUUGAACUUAAGACCCCUGCUUCAGCCAAGAAGGCCCAGAGUGGGGGGAAGGGAAAGAAAACGGCUUCUAAGGACCUACUCCUACUGCUGAACAGUCUGUCUUCACCCACAGCUAAAGCCACUGAGAAGAAGCGUGGCAGAAGUGGAGACUCCUCAGUUGAGGAAACUCCAGCUGUUACAGUAACCCCUGCUGUUGCUCCAGCCACAUCUAAAGGAAAGAAGGUGGCCGCAAAAGACAAGAAAGCAACCUCAUCGAAAAAAUCACAAGCCUCAGCUCCAUCAGCCAAGAGGAAAAGAGGGGAAGACAAACCAGGGGACACGCCCGUUAAAGGCAAAAAGAAGAAGCCCUCCCCUGAGACUGUCAUGGCUGCCCUGCCUCUGACCCUUCUUGGUCCUCCUCCUACAGGGGGAGACGACUCUAGCUCGGACUCUGACACCGAUCUGGACGUGGAGAAGUGGAAGAGACUGGCACUGGAACUGUCAGACACUGACAUCGGCAAAAUGGACACCUUCACUGCGCUGAACGCUCCACCUGCUCCUGCCUCAGCAGCGAAGAAAACAAGAGCCCCGAGGAAGCCCAGGACUAAAGCUGCACCGAAAACGCCCCCCAAACCCAGGGCUAAAGCUGCACCGAAGACACCUAAACCCAAGGCUGGCGCUGCAGUGAAAAAGGCUAGUCCUGCUAAAAAGGUCAAGACUACAGCUGAAAAGGAAGAUGGGGCUGAGGGGAAAGGGAAGACCAAGACACCAGCAAAAGCCAGUAAAGCCAAGUCCAGUCAGGCUAAGAAGGCAGCACUUCCCACCCUAUCAGUCAAAACACCUCCCACCCCAUCCCCUGAAGGCCAAGCAGAGGAGAUCAACAAUAAUAAUGCCGACCUUACGACUGUGGCAGACAAACAGCCACCCUCCACGCCUGCUACCACAACACCUAAUGGAAAACUAUCAGCCAAGAAAGGGAAGAGGAAAAAUGGGAACAACAAUGAGACUAAAGCAGAUGAGAAUCCACCAGAACCCAAAAAGAAGAAGAAAAGGGAGACCGGCGAAGAGAAGACUGAUGAAAAGAAAACUGAGACUGUAGAAGAGAAGGAACCAGAGAAGGAAAAGAAGAAAAAGAAGAAGACGACUAAGGAGAAUGGGGCAGGAAAGGAGAAGAAGGAAAAGAAGAAGAAACAGGAGAAGAUGAGAAAGGAGAAUGAGACUAAGAUGGAACCGGAAAAGGAAAAGAAGAAGAAGAAAACUAAUGAGAACUGUGUUGACAAGGACCCACCACCUCCAUCCACCACAGUAACACCUGAUCCUCCAACAAAGAAGAAAAAGAAGAAAAAGCUUAAACUCUCAGAGACUGCAGUGGCUGAGAUGCCAGUCACCCCUGCCCAAGACUCCAUCCCUGUACAGCAUCCUCCAGCACCCACAGAGACCCCUCCUAAAAAGAAAAAUAAAUAAUCUAAGAGUAAGUAAGGCCUUUAAAGAUGAAGACCAUCUACAAGGGGUUUUCUCAAGUGUGUGGACCUGGACCCGUUCUACCUAAAUGGUAGUGGAGCAGUAACGGGUGAAGACUGUCCGUCCACACAAUGGUGUCCCUAGACCAGAUCAACUGGGGAUUUGUUCUUUUUUUUUUUACAACAUUGUAUACUGUAACAAAUGAACACUUUUCCUGUUUUGCUAAAGUUGAAACAGUGUUUUUUAGCCUAUUUGUUUAUCAAAUGUUUUAACUGUACAGUUUCAAACUGUAGUUUCCUAUUUGAAGAUGGCAUACUAUGUGAUGUACUGCAGCUGUUUUUAUGUGUUUUCUUGCAUGUUCUUGUGACAGCGAUAAACAGAAUGAUUCAUGGAAAUGUUAAGUUUAUGACAGCAUCUGCUGCUUUGUCUCACAUGGUGGAUAAGGCCGAUCCUAAAUGGAGGGAAUGAUCAUGAACCUCAAUACAGUAAUGAAACCCAGAGCCAUUGCUUAACCCCAACACCCUAGUAAUGAAUACAUAAUAUGAAUGGUAUUGCUUAAACCCAACAUUGCUUAACCCCAACACCCUAGUAAUGAAUACAUAAUAUGAAUGGUAAGAGAAUAAGAUCGAAAAUAUAUGAGAGAUACUAACUACUAGGGAAAAUGUUUUUUUUUAAGUUUCAUGGUCAGAUGUGUUUACUGUAUCUUUUUCAUGGAAUUAAAAGUCAUAUUUUUCCACA